CUUGCCUCUCUUACUUCCUAUUGGCUGAGCCUACAAAACUGAGAAAGAAAAUGCCUUUCACUCUUUAAUUAACACACCACCCCCCCUCUCUUAUUUUUUUUUUUUUUGCUGUGUUGCAAAUUUUAUUCACUUUCUUUCUCUGUCUUCACUCACUUGGAUCAACAGCACUACCUCCAUUACCCCUGAAACACAUGUCAAGAGAGAACUGAAGAUUAAAAAAGAAAAAAACCAAAUGGAAAGUGGAGGGACAGAGAGCUAAGUGCUUUGGUUUCAAGAAUAGAAAAUUGGGUUUCUUCCAGAUUUGAUUGUAAGGGUUCUUUUUGGUGAAGAACUGUGGUGGAAUCUCUUCUCUGGCUCUCUGUACUUUUCUCUGUUUUCCUCUGCUUUUGGAGCUACUGUGAUAGCAGAGCAGUGAUAGUACUUGAGUUUCAAGCCAACCAGAUUCUUGGGAUUCACCUUUUAGGUUCUUAAGUUAGAUCCACACUAAGGAGCUGUUAUUUCUGGGUGAUCAAUUUGUUAGAUUAGAUGAAGGUUUCCAAGAAAAAAAUUUCUGGAGCUACUUUCUUGGGAAACAAACAGAGACUUUGGUUCUGUAUUUCUUAGUGGGUCCGUCUAGAAUCUUGAGCUUUUGAUAUUCAAUCUUGAUCUGAUUGAAUACCCUGACAACAAGGAAAAUUUACUGAAUUGGGGUUUUCGAAUCCUUCGAGUUUCGAUUUUUUGAAGGAGAACUGAAAAGGGAAAUGGAGUCCGAUCUUCAACACCACCAUCACCAUCUUAUAGAUUAUCAUCAACCACAACACCAUCAAAAACAGAUGAACUCUGGCUUGAUGAGGUACCAAUCUGCACCUAGUUCGUAUUUUUCAAGCAUCUUGGACCGAGAUUUCUGCCAAGAGUUUCUAAAUCGGCCGUCAAGUCCUGAAACAGAACGAAUUAUCGAGCGAUUUUUGUCAAGCAGCGGUGACGGUGGCGGCGGUAAUACUGUGAACAUUUCAGACCAGAAUCUUUGCGCAAUAACGCAGAACUCACCUGUUAGAGAAACAGUUAUAAAAAUUGAGGAGCCAACGCAGAUUAUGACACCAAUGAAUAAUCAAACAGGGGUUAUGCAGCAGCAACAACAGCAGCAGCAGCAGCCGCAACAGGGGAACUAUUCCUCUGCUUCACAGAAUUUUUAUCAGAGCCAACCUCAACAGCAUUUGCCAAAUCAGCAAUCAGGUUCAACGAUGGAUUAUAGAAUACCAAAUUCAAUGGGGAUGGCUCGACCAACACAAAUGAAGAUGGGUGGAGGCAAUAAUUCCAAUCUUAUACGACACAGCAGCUCACCUGCAGGGUUAUUCUCCAACUUAAACAUUGACAAUAUUGCAGGCUAUGGUGUGGUGAGAGGUAUGGGAGAUUAUGGAGGAGUUAAUAACAGUAACAGAGAAGCAUCAUUUCCUUCUGCAAGCAGGCCGCCUCCCUCUGGGCUGAUGAGUCCAAUUGCCGAGAUGGGGAACAAAAACGUGGUUCCAAAUAGCUCAGAAAAUGCUGGAUUUGGUGAAAAUCGUCACAACAAUUAUUCCUCAGGGUUUCCAGUUACUUCUUGGGAGGAUUCCAUGAUGAUCUCUGAUAACAUGCCAGGCGUAAAAAGACUCAGAGAGGAUGAUAGAUCACUUUCUGGCUUAGACUUAGAUGGAGCAGAAACUCAGAACACAGAUGCCGGAAACCGUCCACCACCAAUUUUGGCUCAUCACUUGAGUUUACCGAAGAGUUCAGCAGAAAUGUCUGCCAUUGACAAGUUCUUGCAGUAUCAGGAUUCUGUGCCUUGUAAGAUUCGGGCCAAGAGAGGCUGUGCCACUCACCCUAGAAGCAUUGCUGAGAGGGUGCGAAGAACCAAAAUAAGCGAGCGCAUGAGGAAACUACAAGACCUUGUUCCAAACAUGGAUAAGCAAACAAACACUGCAGACAUGUUAGAUUUGGCUGUUGAUUACAUCAAAGAUCUCCAAAACCAGGUCAAGACACUCUCGGAUAAUCGUGCAAAGUGUUCGUGUUCUAACAAGCAGCAGCGAUAAUAGCUAAUGGAAAAAGGUCUGGUUGUUGUGACUUUGAUUUGAUUAUUAUGUAUAGAAGAAGAAGCAGAAGCAGAAGCAGAAGCUGUAGCAUUAGAAUUUGCAAAAGCAGCUAGCAAAGCUGGUCUCUCUUUUGCACUGAAGAUCAACGAGAAUAGGGAGGCAUUUAUUAUGUGGGUUCGAUAUAAAAAGGCUGCUACAAGCCAACUGUAGACUCCAAACCCUUUCAUAUGCCAUAAAUAGACACCCAUCCAGCUGUAUAGUAACAAACGAUUUUUAUGUUUUCAUGAUUAUGUAGGGUUUCUACGUUUAUUUAUUGUUUUAGGCUUAUUUUUAUGAAUAUUUUGAUUUUUUUUCAAUACAAAUAAUUACUCAAAUACCAUAUGAGUUGGGUAGAUAAA